GGAAGUGACGUCGCCUAGUAACCACACAGCUUCUUGUCAAACGUCGCCCAUCUGUUACUAGCUAACGACGACCAGAUAAACAAGCUCAACACGUCAGGCAAAUAAGACCGUUUUCAUUUCGUUUUUCAUCUUGUCAACAUAGCGACUAAACUUAAAGUCAAUACUUCUGCAACAUGAGGCGUUUUCCGUGAUGUGGACCAGAGAGCAAGGUUUUCCUCGGGUGAAGAGCUGGGCCAUUAGCCGGUCAUGUUUACCCCCAGGGACCUAGAUGGUGAAGUGGAUCACUCCUUCUUCGAUAGUGAAUCCGAGUACCCCAGUAAGCAUGGGACUAAGACGGAGAAGGAGACUGUCACCACUGUCCUUUCUGAAAACAAGAGUUCUCAGCCUCAGGAUGCCAGACAGGAGGGACGUGUGGACCGUUGUAGGCCCACCCCGGGUGGGAUUCAAGUAGUUGACCGCGGACCCCGAGCAGAGUUGGAGAAAAUAAGCCGGGCGUCAAGUUCAUCUAUAGGCUACACGUCAGAUAACGCGGUCGGUGAUGGAGCUAAUACUAUGAGACCAGAGAGCAACGCAGAAGCAGCCCCCUACGCACUGUCAUCAGACGAGAAGCAGAGCGAUGGCGAAGACGGCUACUACCAAAGCCAAGAUGAGAGCGAAGAUGAAGAAACGCAGACGCGACUCUCCCGCAAAUCAUCCGGCGCGAACCUAACCUCUCCGAAGAAGCUGGUGAGAAAGCGUACAACUCGCAGCGCAUCUCCCUCUUCCACGGACACGGACACCGAUACUUAUACCUCGAGCGAUAGUAGUGAUGCGAGCUCCUCUCUGGAGCCAUCCUCUUCCACCAUGGACAGGUCCAGGGCAUUAAUACCCCCCUCCUCCUCCCUGCGCAAGGGGGGCGAGCCUGGUGGUCUGGGCUCGUCAUCGUCAAGAGGUGUCGAUCGACCCCCGACUCCUUUGAGGGAGUCUGAAGACACGGCAACGGACGUGACGCCCCUGUCAACCCCUGGCCUGGUUAGCCCGAUCCCCGGGUUCGACCUCGCUGCUCGGGUCGGGAAAGUGACCUUGGAGGAAGAACAGCGAAUCAGGGGCCCCACUAGUGUUGCCAGCAGUGACGCACCACAGGAAGAUCAAGGCUUUGGAUCCAAUUUGGAUGAACCCUCUCUGGGUUUAGACAGCAAACUGGUGGUGGAACUGCUCCUCCAUCACCAGCAGCAGCAGCAGCAGCCCGGGAGGCCCGGCAGCAGGAAGAACUUCUCCUUCACCAACGACGAGGUGCGCCGCAUCGACCGGGAGAACCAGCGCUUGCUGCAUGAGCUGUCCCGCCCGUCGCCCCGGCCAACCAGCAGCACCGCGUCGGGGAGGACUCAGACCAGCAACCCCGUACAUCCCGCCCGCGUCUACCACACCACCCUGAACCGCCAGCGGCAGCAGCUGCGCAUCGAGAGGGAGAACCUGGCCUUCCUGAAGCGCCUGGAGGGGGUGAAGGCCACGCCGGGACUCCGGCGCACAGACCAGCUGGCAGACCACCAGAGACAGGCCUCCUACCUGGGACCCUCCCGCUCCUCCAGCUCCACCAUGUUCUCCUUCACCUCCUCCACCCCGCUCCUCGGUCCCUCCUUCCGCACCGCCCGGCCCCCCAGCAGAGUGGUGACAGCGAAGGGUCUCUGCACCGCCAGUGCCGGUCACAGACGUACCAGAACACCAGAGAGAGAUCCCCACACCAGCGCCAACAGCACCCCGCCCACCUCCGCCCACGCACCCAGGUCCAAGACAGGCACGCCGCGCCCGGACUGGUGCUAAACCCACUGCCAUUGUUUGACUUCUCAGAGUAAAACGUUUUUAGUGCUGAUGCAAUUCGUCUUGUUCAAUAAAGGAAGCUUCUAUUUAUCA